AUGGCCGAAACUAAUGCUGCUUCACAUGAUCAUGAUGAUGAUUUUCAAACAGGUGAUGCUGGAGCAUCAACAACAUAUCCUCAACAAUGUUCAGCUUUGCGUAAAAACGGCUUUGUUAUGUUAAAAAAUCGUCCAUGUAAAAUUAUGGAAAUGUCAACAUCAAAAACUGGCAAACAUGGACAUGCUAAAGUUCAUAUGGUUGGUAUCGAUAUUUUUACAGGAAAAAAAUAUGAAGAUAUUUGUCCAUCAACACAUAAUAUGAGUGUACCAAAUGUUAAACGUGUUGAAUAUUCAUUGAUUGAUAUUGAUAGUGAUGGUUAUGUAUCAUUGAUGGAUGAUAGUUCGGAUACACGCAGUGAUAUAAAACUUCCGGAAGGUGAAUUAGGACAAGAAAUUAAAGCCAAAUUUGACAGUGGAGAAGCACUUAAAGUUACCGUACUUCAAGCUCUUGGCGAAGAAGCCAUUAUAACAUACAAAAUUGAACAAGAUUCAAGAAAAUAA